AUGGCUUCAGAAGCAGCAGCAGCAGGCCCCGCGCCAGCGGGCGCGACUUAUACGCCGAGAUAUGCGGAUAUCGGCAUCAAUCUGGCAGACCCAAUCUUUCGUGGCAAAUAUCACGGCUCUCAAAGGCAUCCCGAUGACUUGAGCGCCGUCAUCGGUCGGGCGCGGGAGGUGGGCUGCACCAAGCUCAUGGUGACGGGCUCCGACUUUCAAAGUUCUCGAGACGCGUUGAAGCUGGCAGACGAAUACCCCGGAACAGUCUUUGCAACCGCAGGCAUCCACCCCUGCAGCAGCUCCAUCUUCAGCUCAGAAGGGCAUCCUAACGGAAAUGGACAUUCGAUGCCUUGCGACCCUGACCCUUCAGCCCCUGUUCCUGAGCACCACUCGCCCUGUCCAGACAAAUCGUCGAGCAUCAUUGCAGAUCUCGCGAGUUUGCUGGCCGAUGCCAGAUCGUCCGGGAAAGGGCAUCUCGUGGCAUUGGGCGAGUUUGGUCUCGACUACGACCGCCUGCACUAUUGCAACAAGGCAGUUCAACUACACUCGUUCAAACUCCAACUCGAACUAGCCGCCUCUCUCUCUCCUCAGCUGCCGCUGUUCCUGCACUCAAGAGCUGCGCACGCCGACUUCGUGGCGUGUCUCAAGACUGCCUUUGGAGACAAGCUGGAGAGGUUAGAGAAGGGGGGCGUAGUCCACAGCUUCACCGGGACGCCCGAGGAGAUGCGCGAGCUCAUGGACCUUGGCCUCUACAUUGGUAUCAACGGAUGCAGCUUCAAGACAAAGGAGAACUGCGACGUCGUCAAGGAGAUUCACCUCGACAGGCUCAUGCUGGAAACCGACGGACCGUGGUGCGAGGUGCGGCCUAGCCAUGAGGGCUGGCGGUACCUGAUCGAGAAGACGGCGUCCGAGGCACCCACUGCGAACGGAUCGGCGACACCAUCCGGGCCGCCUCAAAAACAGCCCAAGAAGAACCAGAAGAAGGAGCCGGAAUCCUUUGAGCGCUACAAGGUCGUCAAGAAAGAGAAGUGGCAGGAAGGUGCCAUGGUCAAGGGCCGAAACGAGCCGUGCAACAUCGAGCGAGUGGCCAAGGUCGUUGCCGCCAUCAAGGGAGUGGAGCUGGAAGAGGUGUGCGAAGCGGCUUGGAGAAACACGAUACAAGUCUUUGGACUCGGCGAAGAGAGCUAG